AUGAGCAUUUAUGCAACAAACAAAACUCUUCAGUUGCCUUUUGUAACAAAUACCCCACACAUUCUCCCAACUUCAGCAGACGAAGAAGACUCGGGAAAUGAAUCAGAUUAUUCGCUUGACUAUGAAUUCCCUGGACCACCAAUGAGAGAUGCGGAAAUAGAAGAUAUCCAUAUCGAUAGAGAUGAUGAUACAAGUCAGCCUAUGUUUGAUAUGUGGGAUGACGACCCCUAUAAUGAUUUUACUUGGGAAUCGAACGAUAUGCAAUUAACAAAAUUUAUGAAAAGAAAAGUAAAGCAACUCAAGGCCCAGCAGCAACAGCAGCAUCCCAGUAGUUUUUGGAAUAAAAGUAAGGAAUGGCCUAAACAAUUACCUUAUUCUUGUUCUUCCACCAAUCAUGAUCAAUCAGCCAAUGCCAUUUGUCUUGUACAGUCAAAUUAUGGAAUAAAAGAAAAGAUAUAUGCAGUGUACAGAGAUCGAAUUAUCGAAUGCGGAAAAUCACCGCCCACUCAUACUUUUGCUGUUCAAAACAACAGCUGUCAUGGAAACAAUCAAUCUAGGGAAACCACCUGGAUUGAGGGAGUAGACUCCAGCCAUAGUAGACACGGUAAUCAUGUUCACAAUAGGCAUAAAUUUCUUACCACGCAUCAAUCCAUUUCCCUCUCAAAGACCUCGCAAAUGCCCACAUCCACCAUGGCAAAUGAUGGGAAAAAAGAGGACGACGACGAUCAAUUGAUCAAUAAAUUCAAACCUUAUUCGAAAUUCAUCAAGCGAAAGGAUUAUAGUCACGGUCUGCAACGAGAACACGCUUAUUUAUCUUUAGGUUUUGAUCCACAAUGUUUAGCUAUCAAAUAUGGCUAUAUGGCUAUAGGGGGAGUAGAAGGAGAGUUUGAGCUUUAUUGCUGUAUGAAGCAGAAUGAACAACCUAUCAAAAUUUGGGGCACCAAAUUCAAAGGCAACAAUAAUGUGAUGCUUAUGACCAACGCAAUACAAAUCAUUCGAUUAAAGAAUACUGUUACUGGACAGUAUGAGCAUAUGCUGAUUGCUUGUAUGAACGAAGCAGGUCUAUUAGUUUAUCAAUUGCCAUCGCAUCACCAAUGCCAACAUAUGCUAGCCAGUGGUGGCUUGAACCAACGUAACAAAUACCAUCAAUCUAUGGUAACACUUCACAGUCAUUUACGAUCCUUUCAAGGUGUGCCUAUCAACGAUGCAAAGCUAAGUCCUGAUGGAACUAAUAUUGUUUGCGUGGGCGAUGAUAGCAUGAUCUUUAUGAUUGAUGUUUAUACCUGCGCAAAAUCUGGGAAAAUUCAACUUGGUACACCUCGUAACAUAGUCAUACCGACAUCAUCAUCAACCUCUCCAUUUUAUUCUUUACCUUAUUCCUCUCAAUAUGUUGCGUGGAGUCCAUCAUCUAAAUAUUUUGCACAUACAUCCGAUUCUCACAACUUGGUAUUCAUCUGGAAAGCAAGUACACAAGAAAUAAUUUAUACAAUUGAUGCA